CACCGACACGCAGCUUCAUUUCUGCGGAUCCGUUCUGCAGCUGGACCGACAGCUGGACCGACAGCUGGACCCGAACCGAGCCGAGCCAAGCCAAACCAGGACCAGGGACACAGAGAGAUAGAGAGAGAGACUUGGACAGACGGUUCGUCUCCUGAAGGUUCGGCAGCUGGACUGACAGCUGGACCCGAGCCGACGCGAGCCGAACCGAACCAGAACCAGAGAGAGAGACUCAGACAAACGGUUCUCCUGCAGAACCGAGCAGACUCAAGGUCUCACCUGGAUCAGAGAGGCCAUGGAGGAGUGAAGUCAGCAGGGAUUAAACCUGAGGAUCCAACAUGGCCUCCGUGUUAGCAGUGUGUUUCCUGCUUCUUCCUGCUGCCAUCGGUCUCCAGGUGGGGGUCAGAGAGUGUGCCUUCACGGAGCCGCCGCAGGCGGCGGAGCCUCACAGCACGGCAGCCAAUGAGCGAGGAGAGGUGCAGGAGAACGGCACGGUGCGCUGCAUCCACGGAUCCCGCUGCUAUGGAGUGUGGAAAAAGAGACCAGAUGGGGAAAUACAUCUGGAGGGGCAAGGCUGCUGGCCUAACGCUGAGGACCAGCAGGAGUGUCAUGGCGACCGUUGCCUGGUAACAGCGACGCCCUCUCACAUCCAGACUGAAAGCUACAGGUUCUGCUGCUGCAACAGAGACCUCUGCAACACAGAGUUCAGUGAAGCCCCUCCCCCUGAGCUGCCCCCCGACCAGAGGCACACAGACCAGCAGCUGCUGAGGAGGGGGGAGGCGGCGCUCAUCGCCCUGGCAACCCUCGCCAUGGCAGCCGUCGUCAUCGUGGCGUUGUUCCUGGGAUACCGCAUGAUGAAAGGGAAGCAGAAGCACAUUCUGUGGGCUGAGGAUGAGAUGGAGGCAGCACACACUGCUGAGGACCUGAAGCUACUGGAGCUGAUUGGUCGGGGUCGUUACGGCACGGUGUUCAGAGGCUCUCUUAACGAGCGCUGCGUUGCCGUGAAACUCUUCUCUUCGGCCAAUCGGCAGAGCUUCACUAACGAGCGCUCGAUCUACGGCCUGCCGCUGCUGCAGCUGCACGACAACAUCGCCCGAUUCCUCGCCGCCGACGAGAGGACGAACGCUGAGGGACGAGCGGAGUUCCUCAUCCUCAUGGAGUACUACCCUCAUGGCUGUCUGUCCUCCUACCUGUCUCACCACACAGUGGACUGGUCUACCUGCUGCAGGAUGACUCACGGUGUGACUCGAGGUCUGGCCUUCCUUCACACUGAGCUGCACAGAGCAGGUGAGAGUAAGCCGGGCGUGGCCCACAGAGACGUGAGCAGCAGGAACGUGCUGCUCCGCUCCGAUCUGUCCUGCGUGCUCGCUGACUUCGGGCUCUCCAUGGCUCUGACGGGCAGCCGGCCCCCCCGCCCUGGGGACCCCGACACCAUGGCCAUCUCUGAGGUGGGCACGGUGCGCUACAUGGCUCCUGAGGUGCUGGGGGGGGCUCUGGAUCUGAGGGACUGUGCCUCGGCUCUGAAGCAGGUCGACGUCUACGCUCUGGGGCUGCUGUACUGGGAGAGCUUCAGACGCUGCUCCCAGCUGUUCACAGGUGAAGCAGUACCUGAGCACCAGCUGGCGUUCCAGGCGGAGCUCGGGAACCAUCCGAGCUUCCAGGAGAUGCAGAUCCUCGUCAACAGAAACAAGUUCAGACCCAGAUUCCCUGAGAGCUGGAGGAGCAGCAGCCCGGCGCUGUCCUCCCUGAUGGAGACGAUGGAGGACUGCUGGGAUCCAGACGCUGAGGCUCGACUCACUGCUCAGUGUGCAGAGGAGAGACUGUGUGACCUCACACUGCACAGCCACAGGAUUGGUCCUCCUCCCGUUGGUCCCGCCUCCUCCCAGGAUCUGGGCGUGGUUAAAAAUCUCCAUGGAGACGACUUUGCAUCAUCUGUCGUCAAAACAACCACGAGUGGAGCAGAGGCAUCCGGAAGAAACUCCAUCACACACACCGGUGGUGCUGUGCCCAGAGUCUGCCUGCAGCGCACACAAGAAGACCUGGAGACCAGCAAGCUGGACCCUGAACAGGUGGAUCAGAACCUGAACCUGAGUUUUGAUGCGAGGGUGAUGGAGGAGCACCAUCCUGCCGAGCUGCUGAACCAUCAGGUCCUGCAGAGUCUGGCUCUUCAGGGGGAACUGGGAGCUGCUGGAUCCUCCUCCCUGCACCCCCUCCCCAAACAGCAGAACCUGCCCCAGAGACCCACCAGCCUCCACCUGCAAAACCCGGACCCAGCGUCCUGCCGCCUGAAGCUGGGGAGGCACCGGUCCAACCUCAGACAGGUGGAGACCGGCGUCGCUAAGAUGAACACGGUAACGGUCGCCACGGCUACGGAGCCCCACCAGGUAACCACGGUGACAAAGACCAGCGUCGCCCACGGUUACAGUGCAGGGGUCCCCGUCCUGGUGGUGAACUCUGUGGUGCUGAUGGAGGACGAGGAGAACCGGACCAACCCGCUGAACCCGAGUCCUGAUGAACACGCCCCCCUGCUGAGGAGGGACUCAGACCUGCAUCAGGCCUCAGAGACCAGAUCUAACGUCAACAACAACAACAACAACAACAACAGGAUCCAGCCUCAGGGUCUUAGACCUGAACCACAUCUGGAGAGCCAGUCCUCUAAACCUGAACCCCAUCUAGAGAGCCAGUCCUCCUCUAAACCUGAACCCCAUCUGGAGAGCCAGUCCUCUAAACCUGAAACACAUCUAGAGAGCCAGUCCUCUAAACCUGAACCACAUCUAGAGAGCCAGUCCUCUAAACCUGAACCACAUCUAGAGAGCCAGUCCUCUAAACCUGAACCACAUCUAGAGAGUCAGUCCUCUAAACCUGAACCACAUCUAGAGAGUCAGUCCUCUAAACCUGAACCACAUCUAGAGAGUCAGUCCUCCUCUAAACCUGAACCCCAUCUGGAGAGUCAGUCCUCUAAACCUGAACCACAUCUAGAGAGUCAGUCCUCUAAACCUGAACCACAUCUAGAGAGUCAGUCCUCUAAACCUGAACCCCAUCUGGAGAGUCAGUCCUCUAAACCUGAACCCCAUCUAGAGAGUCAGUCCUCUAAACCUGAACCACAUCUAGAGAGUCAGUCCUCUAAACCUGAACCCCAUCUGGAGAGUCAGUCCUCUAAACCUGAACCCCAUCUGGAGAGUCAGUCCUCUAAACCUGAACCCCAUCUGGAGAGUCAGUCCUCUAAACCUGAACCCCAUCUGGAGAGUCAGUCCUCUAAACCUGAACCCCAUCUGGACUCCGAACUGGGCCCCUGUGUCCUGAGAUCCCUUUGUAUAGCACCAGUUCUUGUGCCGGUCUGCAGAGAUCCAGAUCCUGGCUCAGCAAAACCUCCAGGAGCAACCUCUUCCUCCAGAGCCAGACCCUCAGCUGCCCAGAACCUGGAUCCAGCCCCAGGAGAUCCAGAACCUGCAGCUUUCGGGUCUUUAGAGGAUCUGGAGAGCACAGAAGCUCCAGCUCUAGAACCUGCAGGUCUACGAGAGAGACCCUGGUCCCUGGACCUGUCCUCCAGCGGCCUCCUCUCAGAUAGCAGUCUGAAGAUAAAGCGCCGUGUGAAGACUCCCUACACCCUGAAGAAGUGGCGUCCGGCCUCCUGGGGCGCUCCCUCUGAAGCCACUUCCUCCUGGGGCGCUCCCUCUGAAGCCACUUCCUCCUGGGGCGUUCCCUCUGAAGCCACUUCCUCCUGGGGCGUUCCCUCUGAAGCCACUUCCUCCUGGGGCGUUCCCUCUGAAGCCACUUCCUCCUGGGGCGCUCCCUCUGAAGCCACUUCCUCCUGGGGCGCUCCCUCUGAAGCCACUUCCUCCUGGGGCGCUCCCUCUGAAGCCACUUCCUGCUGGGAGUUCAGCCGCCAGAGAGCAGGAAGCGUCUCCAGGGUCCGUCCGUCCAGAGCCACGACCUCUGACCCCAACUCCUGCUUCUAACCAUGGACGUUUAAUAACAACUGGAUACAGCGUUGGAGGCGGGGCUUGAUCAUUCCUUUGAGAGCUGCUCAUUGGCGCAUGAGGACAAAAUGGACUGACAUUUUAGAGAGCAAAACGUCACAAAUUACCCAUCAUGCCUUGCUGUCAGAGCAGAAUAACCGUAUGUAGCUCAUAGAGCGGAGUUGAGUUUCCCCUUAAGCCCCGCCUCCUGUCAUUAAGCCCCACCCCCUGCCAUUAAGCUCCACCCCCAGAGCGCCCACUUUCGGCUCACUAGAAUGAAUGGAGAGAGAAAAUAAAUCUAGAUUUGGCUUUUAGUGCAUUUUACAACUUUAAGGACCGAAUGAUUCUAAUAAAGGCUAUAAAUAGUGCAUUCUGGGUAGUUUAUUUAGUUUAAAAAAAAGUAUCCGCUGAAUUACAGACGUUUCUUUCCCAAUGUUAGUCAAGUUAGAAAGUCUUUCUGGCUCAGUGACGUCACGCACUGAUACGAACAUUGUAGUACCGCCAUUUGGCCACUAGGAAUAUUUCCCUCAGAGUCCGGAGCACUUCUUGGGGCUUGGUUCUAACGUCCAUCAGGAGCGGAUCUUUUUACUUCUCUUUUAUUGUGAAACACGAAAAUAACAGACUGAGGUGAAUUAUAUUAUAUUGGAGGACAGGAAGUGCCCCAAACCUAUUCCUUUCUUAUAGUUACUGACCACUUUUACAUAAAAUAAAUACUCCAGUUUCUGGCCAAAAAAGGCAGUAUUCCUACCAAGCUGUUUCUAAAUGAAUAAAUCACUAAUAUUCCUGUUUAUAUGAAGACUGCAUGGAGUGAAGCAGGGACGUGUCUGUGUUGGUCCCUGAAGGCAGCAUCUCCCUGGACCAAUGGGAUUCCUCAUUUUGGAUUAUGUCAGAAAAUAAUCAAACAAACGUUUAUGAUACUUACACUUUUAGUUCAGUAGGAUAAUCUCCACAUAUU